AUGUCGUUUUUCCUUCAGCAAGUCGGAUGGGGUGCACUUUUGGGUCUGCCGGCUGUAUUGGCAGUAGGUACUGCCAAAACCUGCUCUAAUCCUGUGAUCUCUUGUGGAACGUCAUCCUCUACAGAUACAUGCUGCUUCAAUACACCUGGAGGUCAAAUUGCUAUGACACAGUUUUGGGAUACAAAGCCAAGUACAGGUGCGUAUAACUCGACAUUCUUCACUCAAUCCUUCAAUUCUGAUAAAUACUCCCAGGACCCUCAAACUCGUGGACCAUGCAUGGACUUUGGCCUGAUCAUUGCGACGGAUCUUACGAUUCCAACUGCGAUUCAACCCGAGCUUACACUGGUAUCGGUUCGAUUCUCAAAUCGUUCGGAAAAAACGAUUUGGUAACUUACAGUAAAACUGAUUCUUUCUCUUAUCUCCUCGGCUCGCUUCGAAGUUGCCAGUACUGAUACGGCACAUUACAGUGAACAAAUAUUGGGUGGACAUUGAUGGGGACAAUGAAAGUUUCUGGGAGCACGAGUGGUCUAAACAUGGGACCUGCAUCUCAACUCUGAAGCCAAGUUGUUAUACCGGCUACACUUCCAAACAGGUAUAUAAAAGCCUCAAUACUGGUUCUCUAUUGUUUAGGCACUAACCAGGUCUUUUGGGCGACAUAGGAGGUUGCAGAUUAUUUUCAAAAGGCGGUGGAUUUAUUCAAAACACUUGACAGUUAUUCGGUAUGGAUCACCCGUAUCUGAUACUUUAGCCCCCCUCGAGCUAACUCGGCUAUUUUAAGGCACUUUCAGCUGCCGGUAUUGUUCCUUCAACUACGAAAACUUACACCCUAGCCGCCAUCCAAGCAGCCUUGAAAGCCAAAUUUGGCGUUACAGCAGCCGUUCAAUGCAGCUCCGGUGCUCUAGAUGAGAUUUGGUACUCAUUCUACGUUCAGGGUUCUGUUGCCACUGGAAAGUUCAUUGCUACGAACCCGGUUGGAGCUUCUUCUAGUUGUUCUUCGAGCGGCAUCAAAUACCUCCCUAAAUCAGGGUCCUCUACUCCUCCCAACCCUGGCGGAGAUCCACCUCCGACUGGCGGGUCUAAUAUCUCUGGUUCUGGCUACUUGAACGCCGUUACCAGUGGGAGUCAAAAAGGCUGUUUGAUUGGUGCUGGAACAUGGUAUACAACAGGAACCUGUGCCACAUAUACGGCUACUGCCUCGGGUAUUGUGCUCCAGCCAUAUGUGAAUAAAAUCCUUACUAACCAUGUGCCAAAUCAGGAAAUGGUGUUACACUCAAAUCAUCAAAGGGAUCAUGUGGAGUUGUUAACUCAGCAUUCACUUGCGGCUCUGGCGUUACUGCCACUGUUUUCACUGUAUGUUUCAAUUCCGAAUUUUAGAAAGCUUUGGUCGCUAAUGUUUCAACAAGAGUAACGAUGGGCACCUCGCUUACAGUGGAAGCACAACUUUCUAUGCAACGGCAGUUCCAAGUGGCUCAACACAAGCAACGGUCUAUACAACAUCGAAGACUGUCAGUGUACAGUUUCUUUGGCAGAGCAGUUAGUGCAAAGAACUAUGUCAAUAUUCAAGGUUCUCACGCCACAUCCAUAUUGAUAGAGGGGGGAAAUGGUGCUAGAGUGAAAUGACCUGGGCAACUAUGGUCUUGCUGGCCAACGUUUCCAUAUCGCUGUCUUUACCAAGCACCUUAUUCCUCCAUAUUCAGAUAUUCAUGACCAUUCGACUUGCAUCUGAGAAUCCCAUUUUAAGCAGGAAGUCACAUGAUUUCUAGGGAUUUUACGUGAUUCGCUUGUAUAGAUAGUCGUACACCUCUCUCAUGCUCGAAUUCCCCUUGCAUAUGAUACAAAAGUCUCCUAGCCCACUUACCAGAAUGCCCCCUUCAGAAUGCGCGCACUCGCAGCUCACGUUCUCGCCAUCCCGCAAUACCUCAAUCGUGAAAUAUGAACAGCCAUCUUUCGUGGCCCGUACUGCAGCAACGACCCCCUCAGGAACGAUCAAAAGAACCCCAGGUUUAGGGACUUCCCAAAGCCAAGAAGUGCACCACUCUCAAUCCUUCCCAGCUCCUUUGGUGCUCCCAGAAGAUGAGCUCUCCGACGAUCCCAAGUGCCCACCCCAAAGUCUACGAAGUUGGAUAAGAGAAAAGAAUCGGAAUAAAGUCACACCAGAGCGGAAAACCAUAUACUUCAUUCCCCCGCCCGAGAUUGGGAAAGAUUUCGCAUUUAUCAAGGAAUGGAGCAUCCCUCAUGCUUCCGCUCUUGGGAAGAGCCCAGAAGCAAAGGCUUUACAUCCUAAAACUCGGGAUGUCCUCGACUACCUACAAGCUUUCUACCAUGGCAUGGAUGUCAAAUUGCUCCUUACGCCAAAACUGGAAUUCACAGCCGAUUCUCUACCACCGUCAAAUGCUCGUUCUAGACGCAAGGCGCUAGAGAAUAUAUGGCUUAACACAUCAAAAGAAUUGGUGGGAAUCCGAUUGAGAGCGACGCCAGAGGGGAAUUUCAAAUAUCAGUUGAAUCUGAAUGAUUUACUCGAUGUGGCUAUUGGGGUCUUACCAGAUGACGCUUUCGCGUUGGUUAUGCUGGUUGAACAUGAUAUGUUUGAGGAUGAAGAGGAUGAUUUUUGCGUGUGGGAGAGCGUAUGGAGGGAGUAGGGUGGCUGUGGUCAGCUCGGCGGGAUAUAAUCCUGGACCGGAUUGGAAAGCGAGCGUGGACAGGGAGCACAGUUGGCCCGCUAGCCCUUGUAAGGAGUAUCUGGAGAGGAUUUGCGAUGAGUACGAGGCGGAAGUUGGUGCGGAGGGACCAGUUAGCAUGAAAAGGUUGAAAGGAAAGAAAGGAGAAAAGGAGCUUGAAGCGAAAGACGAAAAGAGCGCAAUAACGGGUCCAAUGUAUGCUGCGUCGAAAGCACACUCUUCACUUCCACCUCUGGAUCUUAAUCCCUCUCCAACAACACUCUACGGUCUCUGGCUAGGGAGAGUGUGUCAAACAGCAGGACACGAAUUAGGUCAUUGCUUCGGAAUAGAUCAUUGCGUAUACUAUGCUUGUUCUAUGCAAGGCACAGCCUCCAUUAUCGAAGACUCGAGGCAGCCACCUUACCUAUGUCCCGUGGAUUUGGAAAAAGUGGUGAGAACUACAGGGGCAGAUGUUCUAGAGCGCUAUGAAGCAAUUUUGGCUUUUUGUGGCAGAUUUGAAGAAGUCCAUUUGUUUGCUGCCUAUGCUUCUUGGAUUAGAGAGAAGAUUGAGGAGAUUAAUGACGUUGUUGUGUUGUAUUAA